AUGUUUACGGAAUACGGUCGAUUAGCAUUGGAGGACAAUCAGAGCAAGCCUUUCCAGUCUCUGCAAUUCCUUGUUCGAGAUUGGUCAUUUCCGUAUGAAGCUGAGUUCGGCUACAAAGGUGGUCAGAAGAUCAUGGAGGAGCGACUACAAGUGUCUGCGAAGCAGCAUCCCGAACUGCAACAACUUCGGCAACACAUUCGCAGUUGUUUCGAGAAUAUCUCGUGUUUCUUGAUGCCGUACCCUGGGAUUAAAGUCGCCACCAAUCCUUCCUUCAACGGGUCUUUGGCAGAUAUUGACCAGCAGUUCCAAGAUCAUUUGCGAAUGAUGGUACCAGCCAUACUUGACUCCAAUAGUCUAGCAAUGAAAGAAAUUAAUGGUCACAAAGUUACUUGCCGAGAACUCGUUGAAUACUUUAAGGUAUGUUUGAUACUGGAAUCGUCCUCUGCAUCAGUCAUUAGGAGAAGAAAUACUUGUACUGAAACUCGUUUUCUCAACUGCCUAGAAAUAAUGGUAUUAUAGAA